GCAAGUAGGUCUCGUACUUUUACAAAUUUCAAGAGUUAAGGUUAAUAAAUGAUAUAAAUAAAAUAUCGUUGUGAAAAUUACAUCUACGAAAUUUCGGUAAAAUACAAGAGCAGACGUGUAAUGUUAUAAUAAGUUAUCACGCACAGUAAACGUGUAUAAAACUAAUCAAUGAUUCGUCAACGUUUCGAAAAUAUCAGUAUUAUUUUGUUUUUUUUCAUAUAUAUAAAAUUAUAUAUAUUGGCGAGGAGAUUAUGAAAAUAUGAACAAGAGUUGUGCCUCGAAACUUUCGUUUAUUAGAAGAAUUAGAGCAAGGUCAAAAAGGUGUAGGUGAUGGUACAAUCAGUUGGGGCUUGGAAAACGAUGAUGACAUGACUCUUACGCAUUGGACUGGAAUGAUAAUUGGACCACCUAGAACACCAUAUGAAAAUAGGAUGUAUAGUUUGAAAAUUGACUGUGGUCAGAGAUAUCCAGAUGACGCUCCCAAUGUAAGAUUUUUAAGCAGGAUCAAUAUGAAUUGUAUCAACAGCACUACUGGUGCAGUUGAUAACCGCAGUGUACCAGUACUUGCAAAAUGGCAACGAGAAUAUACAAUUAAGACAGUUCUUCAAGAACUUCGCCGUUUAAUGACAUUGAAAGAAAAUAUGAAAUUGUCUCAGCCUCCAGAGGGUAGCACUUUUUAGCCUAACCACGUGUAAACACAACACCUCUUCCUUUCUGCGGUAGCAUGGGGCGAGAUACAAUAAAGGUACCAAAUAAUAUUAAAUGGGUGCCGAAUAAAGACAUAUACUAAGAAGUGACAUCUGUAUAAAAAAAGCAAGGGGGAUAAUGACUAUAAAAGUUGAUUCAGUGUUUUCAAUUUAGUAAAACAUUUACUUACAAAAUUCAUAAAUCAUUUACUACUUAUUAUUUCUUAAAUAUGAAGCAUAUUUCAUAUACAUAUAUAACAUAACAUAUAUAUACUUGUAUGAUAUAUAUAUGUGUAAAAUUACUAUUUUCAUUUUAAUAUUUUAAAACCAUGCACACAUAUUUAAUUUAAGGAAAUGCUGUUUCAGCUUUUUAAGUUAAUACAAUCUAAAACAAAAGUCAUAUUUUGAUUCUUAAAACUGGAAACACAGACUGU